AUGCGAUUACCAUUCAAUCGUAAGGCUAAAAAUCAGGAUUAUUUGGCGAUGGUGUGCAAAUAUCAUUUUUUAUUCUUGAAAUCUCAAUAUGUCAAAGUACUCAUUCGAUAUUUAUUGUACAAACAAUCUCAUUUGAUUCUGAACGCUGACGAUUAUCCAUUUUUGGUUCCUUAUUUUGUGAUAGAUUCAAAUUAUAAGAAACAAAUCAUGAUGAAACUCAAUCAAGCGUCAAUGCUUUUUAGUCCUUCAGUACCACCUGUUGAUUACAACCCGAUUCUGGAUGUAUUCAUACCUACAAAAUACCAUGAUAUUAUACCAAAAGAUCUGAUUUAUGUGAACGAUCGUUAUGUGGUUCCUGAAUCUUGUGAGUGGUUUACUUAUAUGUACAAUGUUGAUGAAUCUUUUUAUCCAUCUGAAGAUAAGACUUCACGCUAUAAUACAAGAGGCAAAUAUAUCACAAGAACUCCAAUAUACCGUUUUGACAUUAUGGGAAUUUAUGUACCGUCACAUAUUGUAGAAAAAAGUCAACAACAUAGAAUCAACAGACUAAAGUUGGAAGCAGAAGCAACAUAUCAUGGAAUGACUCCAAAGCAUUAUAAUGCUCAUGUUAAUAACAUCGCAUCUCUAACGCAUGCAUCAGAAAGUUUUCAUAGUUAUAUACCUAAUUACUUGGUAAACAGAGACAAUAGACAUCAACAAGGCCUAAGUUGA